AUGAAAAGCAGCUUCUGGGUCCUGCUCACAGAGAAGAAAGCUCUAGGAGAGCAGAACAGGGGGCACAGACACAUCCAAGACUGUCUGAAGCUGCUUACAAGCGUAGGCAAAAUGAAGGUGACUCUGGUGAAUCUGUUGUUCAUGAUGUUGCUGCUGCUGCUAGGCUUGGGCGUGGGCCUGGGCCUGGGCCUUCACAUGGCUGCUGCCGUCUUACAGGACAGUGAUCAGCCACUGAGUGAGUUUUGGCCCAGUGACUCCCAGGACCCAGCUGAGGCCACUGAAGAGGGAAAGGGCACCUGGACCACAGAAAUGGCACAACCUGUCUGGCCAGAAGAAACUGUUGUCAGUGAAGAUGAGGUUGGAGGAAGCAGGAUGCUGAGGGCUGAGGCUCUCUUUCAGAGCAAACAAGACUACCUUAGGCUUGACUGGAACACCAGGGACUGCAAUACCAUGAUGGCACACAAGAUAAAGGGACACAAUCAGAGUUGCUUAGACCAAUACACAUUCAUCCACGAAGAGCAAAGCACAGUCAAAGCCGUCUGUAGUACUCCUGUGGUGCAGUGCGAACUCAAGGGGGGCAACUGUCACAGAAGCCCUCGUCCUUUCGAUCUGACAGUGUGCAAAUUGUCCAAACCAGGCCAAGUCACUCCCAACUGCCAUUAUCUGACCUACAUAGUUGAAAAGGUCAUUGUCCUAGUGUGCAAAAACGAUAAUAUGCAAGGCACUGAAGGUUAA